AUGAAAAGUCAACAAUUAUCGAAAAGUCCUCGAGAACGAUCAGCAAGUAGUGUUUCCAACGUUUCUUCCAUGUCAGUUUCUUCAUCUUCGUCGAAUUGUGUCGAUGAAUUCAUAUUGGCCCUCUGUGGUGAUGGUUCGGUUGGAAAGAGUUCUAUCACCACUCGAUUCAUUCAGGGUACUUUUGAUAAACAACAAAUCUAUGAUCCAACCAUUGAGGAUGCAUACUAUGUGAAGAGAAAUGUGGAUGGAUUGGCCACACAGAUGGAAAUUAUUGAUACUGCAGGUCAAGAAGAAUACAAAGCAUUGAGAUCUCAAUACAUGAGACGAUCCUAUGGUUUCGUCUUUGUGUUUGAUGUCACCAACGGUGAUUCUUUAAAAUCAUUGAAAGACUUUUUCGAACAAAUUCAACGAAUCAAAAUGAGUGACGAAGAUGCCAGCAGUGAUGGAUGUGGCUCACUUUCAAGUACUCCUCGAUGCAGUGAUGCUACCAUGGGUUCAUACAUGACCACUAGUUCAAGUAUCCUCUCAUCCUCAAUGGUCUCGUCAUCACAUGAUCGAAGUCUCUCGACAAGUUCCAAUCAUAGCACAAUUUCUAAUAGUGGAUCUCGAUAUCAAAACACCUCUCCUCGUAAUGGUGGAAAUGGUCACUCCACUCCAUUCCUGCAUCCUACACUCAAUUUUCCCUUCAUCUUUGUCGGCAACAAGAUUGACUUGCUGCUCAAUAAUGCACACUUGGCAGAUUUACCCAAUCCUCAACGCAAUUCUCAGCAAUAUCUCAUACACUCUCAGCAACAACAACCUCAAACUGAAAAGGAGAAACAUCAAGAGAAACGAGACAAGAAACUCUUACGAAAAUUAGAUAAGGAAGUAAGGUCCUACAUUAUACGGGAAAUUCUCGGCCUUGAUGAAACUCAACAUCCCGAUUUCGUGAGGCAUUAUCAAUUACCUCUCUAUUGGACCUCUGCUAAGGAGAAUGUCAAUGUUGAGGAUUGUUUUGAUGGUUUAGUGCGUGAGAUGAGAAAGUUCAAAGCAUUGCGUGAGAUGAAGACUUCUCCUCGUGGCCGAGACUCGGAACGUAAAGGCUUGUCCAAACUCUUUGGAAGAAAUCGAGAAAAUUCAUCAUCUUCUACCAAUAAUCAAGCAAGUACUUCCACAGUUCCACCCAUUCAAUUACCGAAUCAGGAAAAAGGUGGUGUAACGACAGGAGGACCUCCCAGAAGACGUUGGGGUAGUUUCAGUUCAAAUUCAAGUCAUGCCUCUUCCACCCAUGCAACAAAUCAAAAACAAGAUUCUUCUCGGAAGAAGAAUGGAGAGAGAAGUGCUUCGUAUCCAUCCCGAAGAGGUUCCUUCUUAUUUGCUUCGUUUAAUUGUGAUAAUGAUAUGGAUGAUUUGUUUCCAUAG